UUUGAAUAAGCAAUAUAUCAGAUUAAUCACCAAAUCACAGACAUAUAAAACAGUGUCACUUAUGACUGACAACACCAAAAUAAAAACAACCUGAACAGAGACAUAUAUAACCAUAUUUGAUUUCAAGAAUCUGUAAAUCACAAGGAAAAAUGCACCACCACCAUCCUCCACCGACAUCCACCACCAAAACAAGAAUCUCAACACCCUUUAUCAUUCUUGCCAUAACUAUCUUCUCACUUCUCCUUAUUCUUUCCUUUUCCUUCACUUCUACCCCCCAACCACCCCACCCCACCCACCCCCACGCUUCCCUUUUUCCAAAUCACCAACCCCAUCGUCUCCUUUUUCAUCACAACCCCACUAACCCAAAUGACCAAAAUACCCUCUUACCCACCCCCCCAUCCAUAGCUUACCUCAUAUCUGGAUCCACUAAAGACACUGCAAGAAUCAUCCGUUUGCUCUUUGCAGUAUACCAUCCAAGAAACCAAUAUCUACUUCAUCUUGAUAGAAAAGCUUCUCAAUAUGAAAGGGACAAUCUUGCACUUUAUGUUCAAUCUGUGCCACUUUUUAAAGCUGCCCAAAAUGUUAAUUUUAUUGGUAAAGCUGAUUUUGUUUAUCCUAUUGGUUCUUCUGGUUUGUCUGCUACUCUUCAUGGAGCUUCCAUUCUUCUAAGAGUUUCUGAUCAUUGGGAUUGGUUUAUUAAUCUUAAUGCUGCUGAUUAUCCACUUGUUACUCAAGAUGAUCUUCUACACAUUCUGUCAUAUAUGCCUAAGGAUCUUAAUUUUGUCAACCACACAAGCUACAUAGGGUGGAGAGAGUCACGGAAGUUAAAACCAAUAGUUGUUGAUCCUGGGCUAUAUCUUGCAGAGGAAGAUGAGGUAUUUUAUGCAACUCAGAAAAGGGAACUGCCUGAUGCUUAUCAAUUAUUCUCAGGUUCUUCAUCUACUAUUUUGAGUCGGAAGUUCAUCGAGUUCUGCAUCUUAGGCACAGAUAACCUUCCCAGGACUCUGCUAAUGUACUUGUCAAAUUCACCGUCCUCAGCGUCUGUUUACUUCCCUACCAUCCUGUGCAAUUCGCGGAAAUUCAAUAGAACAACAAUUAACCACAACAUGAAAUAUGCUUCAAUUAACUCGAAACAAGAAGCCCGUCUACUCAAUUCCAAUGACUUCAAUGACUUGGUGAUGAGUGGAGCAGCAUUUGCCGCACCAUUCAAGGCAAACGAUCCGAUUCUUGACCAGAUCGACCGUCAACUUCUCCACCACGAGCACAAUAAACCGGUGCCUGGUGGUUGGUGUUUAGGUGACAAUGAAACUGAGAAAUGUACUCACUGGGGAGAUGCUGAAGUUCUAAGACCAGGUCCAGGAUCAAAGAGGCUGGAAAAAAGUUUUGUUCGGAUUUUCACUAGUGGUACAUUUCGUUCUACUCGAUGUGUCUAUGAAUAGAGCUUUCUCAAGAUGAGAACAUACAGAAGAGAAACAGUCGAAUUUUUUUCUUUUUGCCUGAGAUUCGAAAAGUAUCACACGAGCAAAAAUAUACAGCAGACCAAGUGCCUCAUGUAGUUCUUUGAAUUUUGAUAGAGAGCUGAGUGUUGUAUAUUGAGUUUUUUUAAGGUGAGGUUGUAUAUUGGACUGGCUAGCUACUACUGAGGCAAUGGAAAUCAUUUCACACAAAUUUCUUCACAUCAUAGAAUGGAAGUCUUUGCCUUGUUAUAGAACAUCUAUGUUAUCUAGUUUCCUCACACA